CGUUAUUUUUUUUUCAUUUUCAUAUUUUCAGGUUUGUUUAAGUUUCUUAGUAUUUCAGUUUGCACACUUCUUACAGAAUAAUAGUUUUUGUUUUCCAUUACAAGUUUAAUUUUUCGUUACUUAUUUUGCUUUGUGUUUAAAGUGGAUAUCUCUCAUAUACAUAUAUAAAAAUAAUGAACAAAAAUGAUCCUUUAGUAACAAACAUUAUACAGCUUACAAAAGUCCGUUUCAUCUCGGAAUCAAUAUAUUAAUACACAAUUUGAAAAUUAAAAUAAAAACUUCUUGUACAGACAUCAUCACCCGAGCGAAUUCCUUAGACAGGGCUAAUAUAGGUUUUCUUUUUAUUUUCUUUCAUUUUUAUAUAUAUAUAUAUAAAUAUUGUUUUUUUGGUAAAAUUUUACACAGAUGAACUUUUUCUACAGUUCGGAGGCGGGCAACAAAGACGAGUAAACAGUAUGCGUGUGAAUGCUUUCUUUGAGAUGGAGACGGAACGAUAGGUUGAUAGAGCGCUGACCAACAUAGGGAAUUAGUAGUAGGGCGAAUAAAAGCAGUUGGCGACACUUGGACAUAACACUUCCGAUUAGUAGCUCAUCGAGAAAUAAUGUUGUGGAAAGCAGUUCCCUUGUUGCUGACAAUCGGCACAGCUCUGGCCUUGAUGCCACUGAAGCCCCAGGUCAACGCGAAUCGCAGCCUUAUGGACUUUAUGCUCCAGUCAAGUGGAGUGGGCAUUGGCGAUCCGGCACUGCAGCAGUACUGCUUCAACCGCUACCUGCCCAUCUUGAAGGCCAUUUCGGAUCAGUACGAGGCUGACUACAACAAGUGUGCGGACACCUACAAGGCGGAGUGUGACGCAAUUGACGGUAAAUUCUACGAGCCUCGAGAAAACAGUGCCAGGAUCGCUAAGGAAACCUGUGAUGCGCUCCUCAAGUGCGACACCAACGAGAAUUAUUUGAAUGCCUUUAACUGCUACGCCAGGACAGGCUCCGAAUAUUCGAAAAUACUGUUCUCUCUGUCGUCGGAUGCCGCUGAAUAUGGUGGCAUCAUCAGAGAGUUGUACCGCGCCGCUGAGUCCAUCGCUGAGUUCUGUGUCAACUAUGCCGAGCGCGUCUUUUGGGAGAGCACCGACAACACCUAUUCCGAGCUGCAGAAGUGCUUGGAUGGUGAGCUGAACGAGCCAACAACAGCCUCGACAACCUCUACAACAACACGAUCAACAUCCUCCCUAGUACCCAAAUCAAGCGCAGUAACCAAAGCAACCUCAGGGCGCUGAAU